GCGCGCGCCCUGCGGCCGGGCUCGCCGAGACGGGGAGCCCCACCUGGCCAGUGGGCUGUGACCUUGUCUCUCGAAAGGCCAUCAGGAUGGAGAACAAUCGUCCGUGGAGCCUCAUCCAGAACUGAAUGGUUCCGUCCUGAGACAUCUUCCUGUUCCCGUGGCCAUGAGUGGAUUGCUGGUGCUGGUCUCCUGGCUUGACCUCCCCUUUCCACGCCGCUGAUGUGUUGACAGGGCUUACCUGAGAGGCCGUCAAGAGAAGUGUCUGCCUCUAGGCGUGGACAGACUCGACUGGGCACGCUCCAGACCAGCACUUCCCAUGGAUGUGGACAUCUCCAUGGACGCCUUGCUGGACCUCAGCUUCCUGACCGAAGAGGAGCAGAAUGCCAUCGCAGAGGUUCUCCAGAGAGAUUCACAGCUCCGGAUGCUGGAGGAGGGACGGAUCAGCAAACUACGUGAGUCUGUUUCUGAUCCAAACUACCUGAAGUUCUUAUCCGGGGACUGGUUCUGCGAUGUCCGUUCGAAGCGGCACUGGCACAAUCAUUUUGGUUCCGACAUCGUCCGGGCUUCGAUCCGCCGGAAAAGGAAGCCCAAAGGUGAAUGGGCACUGAAGCAACAAGCCAGCUUGGGGGAUUUGGAGGUGAUCUGCGAACCCACCACUGAGGAAGAGAAGGUGCCAGAUGCUGUGGACAGCAUACCGAGCGACUUGGCUACUGCUCAACCAACCUGUCCAGAAGUGGCUCAGGAUGUGACUCAGCCUCAGGAACCAGUGACUGAGAACAAGACAGAGAGAAGCGAUUCAUUUAGCAGCCUGAGUUCAGAGGCAGAGGAGGAGAAAGAGGAACGGCAGAGUGAUCCCAUACCAGCCAUCACAGCCCCAGUGCAGAGUAACGGGAGCCUUGGAAAUGGCCAGGAAGGAGCUUUGAGUUUGACACCCCCAAAGAACAACGCGAUGCGUCCACGGAAGAAGCUGCUGAGCGCCAGCUCUUCGUUCUCCAGUCUGAGUUCAUCCACGAUGAGUGGCAGCAUGAUGAGUGUAUUCAGUGACAACGAUAUUGGGAAUGUGGAAGUCCGUGGCUGCAUCCAGUUCUCCCUGCAGUAUGACUCCAUGAGGAAGGAACUUCAUAUCCAAGUCAUCCAGUGCCGAGACCUCGCCGAAGCCAAAAAGCAGCGGUCAGAUCCGUAUGUCAAAACCUACCUCCUUCCUGACAAAUCAAAUCACAGCAAGAGGAAAACUGUUGUCAAAAAGAAGACUCUGGACCCCAUCUUCAAUGAAACCCUAAAGUACAAGGUUGAGAAGGCUGAACUCCAAGGCCGGAUCCUGAACCUGUCCGUCUGGCAUCAUGAUGCUUUGAGCCGGAACCUGUUCAUGGGAGAGGUGGAGAUUGCCUUGAACACCUGGGACUGGAGCAACGUGGGCCCUCAGUGGUUCAACCUCCAACCCAGGGCUCCAGUUGUGCCUGAAGUUCUGUCCAGCCGUGGCAAGCUCAACCUGGCCCUCAAGUUCAUCCCGGCGGGAUCAGAAGAAAAGGGGCUUCCUCCCACCGGCGAACUGCACAUCUGGAUCAAGGAGGCACAGAACGUUGUUCCCCGCCGGGGUGGUACCGCGGACUGCUUCGUGCAGUGCUACAUCCUGCCCGAUGACAGCAAGAGGAGCCGCCAGAAGACCCGCAUCGUGAAGAAGAGCCUGAGCCCCAUCUUCAACCACACCAUGGUCUACGACGGCUUCCAGGCCAAAGAUCUGGCCGAGGCAUGUGCGGAGUUCACUGUCUGGGACCAGGAGACCUUCUCCAAGCAGCGGCUUGGCGGCAUCCGGCUAAGCCUUGGCACAGGGAACAGCUAUGGCCUGCCAGUCCCCUGGAUGGAUUCGACGGAGGAGGAACGCCACGUCUGGGAGAUGGUCUUUGCGAACCCUCAGCAGUGGGUAGAAGCGGGACUUCCCCUGAGGACUGAUUUGAGCCCUAGGACCUAAUCUCACAGCUGGGCCACUUUGUAGCGGAACACCUGUGCCCGGCAGGAUGAUGGGGGAAGAGCUGAUCUGUUUCUGCAAUCGGGGACCCGAUGGAUGUCGAGGGGAGCUCGCCAUAGACUCCAGAACUUCAUGGGGACAGCAGGGCUGCUUUGGGAAGGGCCGGGCCUGGCAGGAGACAACGGUACAAGGGCCAGGAGCCCACUGGGGCAGACUGAGGUGGGACCACUGCCCUCUGUGCUUGAAGGAGGCUGUUACCCAGGAGUGCAGGAGGUGAGUGUGCAGAGCUCCCGGGGAAGGAUAACCUGAGCAGCCACCGUCGUUUUGGGGCCAGGGCAUGGGAAUGCCCCACGACAACAGCCACACACAGUGCUGGCUGGUCCUGAUUUUAGUCCCUCACCUUCCCAGUCCUCACGCGCAAUCAACCUUGACAAAUACCAUUUCCUCCACCUAUUUUUAUUAAUGUUCCUUUUAAGUCCUUUGCAUCACAACCUCCUUCCACGUGGUGCCCACUUUCCCUCUUGCUCUUCAGGAGGGGGAUGCUAAGGCAGCAGGCAUGUUUCUCCUCUUCUGUACUGGGCCAAGACACCUAAACCGGCGCAGUUUGGUUUGCAGGUGCCAGAGGCCAGGAGGAGGAAUUCUAUCUGGCAUUACGGUUUAGGCCUCAUUGGCUACAAUUGGAUUCCAGCAGCAGUCUUCUGCUUCUGAUCCCAGAGCAGCCCCCUCCCCAUGAUGCCUGCAGGGCCGCAAGACUCCUCCUGUCCCUUUCCUUUCGAGAUUCAGCCCAGUGGAGGAAUCUCUAUUUCUCAGUCCAGAAAAAGAGUUUGCAUUGCAGGUAUCAGCAGAGGCUCUUCCAUAGGAACGGACUCUGAGGUUUUUUCUGACCCUUGUCUGCCCGAGCUGCUAGGGAAGUUUUCCCACUUUCCCCACUCAGAGGAAAGAUGGAAAGCCAGUUUGCAUUGCCUCAGUGUGAGGACGGAUAAGUCUGCAGCCUGAAAUCCUGCGAGGCGUUGUUUUUCUUCUUUUUCGCUGCUGGGCAAGAAAGAGGUCUGUGAAGUCCAGGGCCGGAUGCCUUGUGAACACGUCUGGGCUUUUAGUCUUCCACUCUCACUUGGCUGUGUGUUGCACCUGCUGGUCAAAGGUUUUUCGAUGCUCUAAGAUGGCGCCCCAGAUACGGCACACCAUGCCCCCUCUGUCAAGGAAAAGCAAAGCAAGGCAUCAGCUGCAUGGAACCCCGCACUCGUCAGUGGAACAGACUUGCAAGAUAAUUAUGCAAGAAAUGCAUGGAGCAGAGCAGACUCUGAACUCUUCCAGAAACUGGGCCAUUCGGAACACAACUGCAGCCAUCAAGUGACUGUCUUCAUGCUUAAGCUGGUGCCUCUUGAAUGGCUUCCUCUUAAAUUUGAGAGAUAACAUUGGGGUUCUGGUCCUCGAAGAGCACGUAUGCUCAGACCCUCGGCCUAUACCCUGACUGCAGCCGGAUUCCACCAACUGAAAUAAAUUGUCGUUUGUCUGCUUUCAUUGU